CCGGGAUUAAUCAAACGUGAAGCGACCGGCCGUAUAAUGCUCAAUCGAGAGACUUUAGCCGGGUUUUAACUAUUUCUGAAAAACCCCUCCUCCUUGUCUGGUCACGGUAAAGAAAAAUUUUAUCAAUUCCUCAAUCUGAGAUUUCCGGUGGUAAUAUCAGAUCCGAGAAAAAGCGAGAACGUCGAGGGCGCAAUGGCGGAGGUGUCGAUGUGCAGCAGCGCAAGCAGUACGGAGCUGACGCCGGAGGAAGAGAGGAUUAUGAUCCGAGAUAUUGCUUUGGCUGCCGAGGCUAAUAGCAAGGAGGGGGACAACUUUUAUUUAAUUACUCAGAGAUGGUGGCAAAAUUGGAUUGAAUAUGCGAAUCAAGACCAACCAAAUAAUGCUAAUGAUGGAUCUUCCUUGUUAGAACAUGGUGAUUUGGUUGGUUCCAGUUGUCUAAAGAGGCCUGCUGGUAUUGAUAAUUCUGAUUUGAUAUAUGAUUCAGCAUCUGAUGACUCUACUGUGGGCAUUGAGAUUCAUGAUACUCUACUAGAAGGCCGUGACUAUGUAUUGCUUCCACAAGAAGUUUGGAAUCAAUUAUAUUCGUGGUAUGGAGGUGGUCCAACACUGGCACGGAAAGUAAUCAGUUCAGGUCUUUCCCAGACAGAGUUGGCUGUUGAGGUGUACCCUCUGCGCCUCCAGUUACAUGUGAUGCCAAAAGUUGACCGCUCUACUAUUAGAAUAAGCAAGAAGGAAACCAUUGGAGAGCUGCAUAGGAAAGCCUGUGAAAUUUUUGAGCUUAACUUGGAACAACAGGUGUGCAUCUGGGAUUACUAUGCCCGUCGGAAACAUGCUUUGAUGAAUGACAUGGACAAAACGCUUGAUGAUGCCAAUAUACAGAUGGAUCAGGAUAUUCUGGUGGAGGUCCUUAACCAUGUGAAUGGUACUGCACCGGCCGGUUCCAUUAAUUCUGUUCAGGACAAUGGAUCUUCACCGAGGGAAGCUACUUCUUUUCUUAUAGAGCCUUCUAAGUCAAGCUUAUCAAUUGCAGGAGGCUGGUCUGCAAGUAAGGGUACGUCUAGAAGCCACAUUAUGGAGCUGUCACAAAGUCUCAACCUGACUUCUCCAGUUAGAGAGUUGGAUAACACGUAUGGAAUCAGCAGCAUUAGUACAAGGGGUGCUACUGGUGGGUUGACUGGGUUGCUGAACCUUGGGAACACUUGUUUUAUGAACAGUGCAAUACAAUGCCUUGUUCAUACACCGGAGUUUGCUAGAUAUUUUCGGGAAGAUUAUCAUCAAGAGAUCAAUUGGCAAAACCCUUUGGGCAUGGUUGGUGAGCUAGCACUAGCAUUUGGUGAGUUACUUCGAAAGCUAUGGGCACCUGGACGAAUGCCAGUUGCUCCUCGAUCCUUUAAAGCAAAGCUUGCUCGCUUUGCACCUCAAUUUAGUGGCUACAAUCAGCAUGAUUCCCAGGAGCUUUUAGCAUUUCUGCUAGAUGGUCUUCAUGAAGAUCUGAAUCGCGUCAAACACAAACCUUACAUAAAGUCCAGGGAUGCUGAUGGCCGACCUGAUGAAGAAGUUGCAGACGAGUAUUGGGCCAAUCAUAUUGCUCGUAAUGAUUCUAUAAUUGUUGAUGUGUGCCAAGGCCAGUACAAGUCAACAUUGGUUUGUCCAGUGUGCAAUAAAGUUUCCAUCACAUUUGAUCCCUUCAUGUAUCUCUCCUUGCCACUCCAGCUGACCAUUACGCGCUCUAUGACAGUAACAGUUUUCACUUGUGAUGGAAGUGCCCUUCCAUCUGCUUACACUGUCACUGUCCCAAAGCAGGGACGUUGCAGGGACUUAAUCCAGGCACUUAGCAGUGCAUGUUCCUUGAAGCAUAGCGAGAAGCUUUUGCUUGUGGAGAUACGGAACCAUUUGAUUCAGAAGUUUCUAGAAGAUCCUUUAAUAAUGUUGUCCACCAUCAAAGAUGAUGACCACCUUGCUGCCUACAAGAUGCCAAAGCUGGUCAAGAGCACAAAAUAUCUUCAGUUAAUACAUCGCCGUAGAGAGCAGGAAACCAGUGAUGCCCAAACCACGUCAGGAUGGAAGCCUUAUGGAACACCUCUUGUCUCAUCAAUCUCAUGUGACGAUGUAAUUACAAGAGGGGAUAUACAGCUACUGGUUCACAAAAUGGUUUCUCCAAUUGCAAGAACUGAAAGCCUAGGACAAAGUAAUAUUUCUGAUACUAACAUCUCUAUAGCAGCAUCAGACCAGUGCCGUGAUCUCAGUUCUGGUGAAGCAUGUACAGACUCCUCAAUAUCAAAUCCACAAAAUAAGGAUGACACUAAUUCUGAAGCAGUAACAUUACUGAGACUGCCUCUUCAGUUGGUUGAUGAAAGUAAUGCUUGCAUUGACCUGUCAGUGGGAGAGGACAAACCCAUUAGACUAUCCUCAUCAUCAACAUCAAUUCUAGUGUAUGUGGACUGGUCACAGAAGCUUCUAGACAAGUAUGAUACACACUAUCUAGAGAACUUGCCAGAAGUGUUUAAUGGGCCACCUAACAAGAAAGCUCGUACUGAACCUCUCUCCUUGUACACCUGCCUGGAAGCUUUUCUGCGUGAAGAACCACUGGUGCCUGAAGACAUGUGGUACUGUCCCCAGUGCAAAGAGCGGCGACAAGCAAGUAAAAAGCUUGAUCUAUGGAGGCUUCCAGAAGUAUUGGUCAUCCAUUUAAAGAGAUUCUCAUACAGCAGGUCCAUGAAGCAUAAGGAUCUGUUGAAGCUAGAAACCUUUGUCAACUUCCCCAUUCAUGACUUUGACCUAACAACUUAUGUAGCGAACAAAAAUAAUUCCCGGCGUCAGCUCUAUGAACUAUAUGCCCUAACUAACCAUUAUGGUGGCAUGGGUGGUGGGCACUACACUGCGCAUAUCAAGCUUCUAGAUGAGAAUAGGUGGUACAACUUUGAUGACAACCACAUAUCACACAUAAAUGAGGAAGAAGUAAAAACAGGUGCCGCAUACGUCCUCUUUUAUCGGAGGGUGAAGACUGAUGAUGCCUCUGCUAGCAAUGGAGCACAGUCUUGUGCAGGUGACAACAAUGUUAGCUCUCGAAAGUGACCCCCUUUGACACGAACAUUUCUCAAUCAACAGCAGAGAAAUACCCAGAUCCCUAGGCAUGUUAUAAAUUGAGCAUGAAGAAAACUAGAAAACUAGCCCUUUGGCGGAUCUGAAGAUGAUUUAAUGGGUUCAUGGCCGCAAGGGCUGCUCAAGGAGUUGUGCAGAAAAUGACGCAUUGUACGUGGACCCUUUUAUUUCAAUUUCGCAAGGCUAGUUUGAGGGUGGAA